AUGACUGUACGGGAAUCCCAGAAACCCGACAAUGGGCAGCUGGCGGUCGUUUUUGAGACCCCAUGGUGGAGUCCCCAAUUGCGUCGUCUCAGUUUCUGCAUAUUGUCCUUGAUCUUCUUUUCUUCUUCAAAUGGCUUUGACGGCUCUUUGGUCAAUGGUCUCCAGUCAUUAGACAGCUGGAUGGGCUUUAUGGGACAGCCGUCUGGCGCACUGGUCUCAACCAUCUUUGCUGCCUGGUGCAGUAACAGGUAUGGUCGAAAGCAGUGCGUUUGGAUAGGCAUUGCUUUUAUCCUCGCUGGUUCAAUUCUGGGCGCCGCUGCUCCCAACGACACUGUCUACAUAGUCUCCCGCGCUGUCAUCGGCGUGAGCUCUGGGAUGGUUAGCAAUGCGCCUCCUCUGUUACUGAAUGAGAUUGCCUACCCCGCCCAUCGGAGUAUAUCAUCUUGUCUGUUCAUGAUUGGAUACUACUUUGGGGCCGUCAUUUCUUCUUGGGUUACGUUUGCAACUCGCACAUACGCCUCCUCAUGGUCAUGGAGGCUGCCUACUCUCCUGCAGAUGCUCUGCCCUCUGGUUGCUAUUCCUGGGUUUCUUCUUACUCCUGAGAGCCCUCGGUGGCUGAUUGGGCAGAACCGCGUGGAGGAAGCCCGUAAGGUGCUUGCGGAUUUGCACGCAAGCGGUGACCUUACCGCACCCUUGGUCAUAAAAGAAAUUCAUGAGAUUCAAGAGGCGAUUUCUACGGAGAGAGAAUCUGCUGCGUCAUCAAGUUAUUCGGACAUGAUCACGACGCCCGGGAACCGUCAUCGUCUCUUGAUAACUGUGACGCUUGGUAUCUUCUCUCAGUGGUCUGGCAACGGUGUUGUAUCCUACUAUCUGGCCAUGGUGCUGGAUACUGUCGGUGUAACGGCGACAAAAGACCAGCUACUUAUAUCCGGAUGUCUCCAGAUCUGGAACCUUAUAUUCGGCACCAUUGGCGCCGUACUGGUCGAGCGGGCUGGUAGGCGUCCUUUGUUCCUGACAUCCGCAGGUGUAAUGCUUGUCAGUUAUAUUAUCAUUACCGGGCUCUCGGGUUCAUUUGCAUCCACUGGCUCCGCGCCGAUGGGGACAGCAGUAAUCCCGUUUAUCUUCAUUUACUUUGCAGGUUACGAUAUAGCUUUAACCCCUUUGUUGGUCGCAUACCCCUGUGAGAUCUGGCCGUUCGCACUUCGAUCCCGUGGUCUGAGUGUCGCCUGGUUCUCAGCAAUCGGAGCAUUGAUUUUUAACACUUUCGUUAACCCCAUCGCGCUGUCAGCUAUCGGGUGGAGGUACUAUUUCGUGUUUGUUGCUAUCCUCAUUUGCUACGGUCUCACGUCAUGGUUCGUUUACCCUGAGACAAAAGGGUAUAAUCUAGAAAGUAUAUCCCAUAUUUUCGAUGGCAAUCACCAGCCUGGCCAUGAUUCGGAAAAGGCCACUUCAUCUGAAGACUGUAUUGAGAAGGUUCCCGAAUCUCGUGAAGUGGAGCGCGUAUAAGCGUGUAUAUGCGUGUGGAAGGUGUUCGACUAGAUGGGAAUAUAAUAAAAUAUGUACGUUAUUCGUAUCUAAAGACUCGUCAGUUACA